AUGUCCUUCUUCGCAAACUCGUACAAACCCUCGACAAUCCGCCAAGAAGGGUUCUCACCUACACCCGUAUCUGAGAUGGGCGUAGGGAGCCCUGGUGCCGGUUCCGGGUCUGUUUCCGGGUCUGGUGCGGGGGAGAGUGAAAGUGUAGGCGCGGGAGGAGGAGGAGGUGCAGGAGGUGCAGGAGCGGGAGGAGCGGGGACAGGGACAGGGGGAGGAGGAGGAGGAGGGGAUGGGUUCGAUGAUAUCUUUGGGAUGCCUGCGCAUACGUAUUUGGGAGAGGG